CACUAAUAUAAGAAUUCACGUAACAUUCACACCACCUCUUGCGUUUCAGACUGUGACGAAGUGUGUUCUUUUAAAUUAACCGGCUUGUUAUAGUUAUAGAGAAACUUUAUCAUUCUUGUGAAAUUGAUCGUCAGUUUAUUGCCUUUAAAUGCCACCAAAGAAAGAAACUGCCCUUGAACCUAAACCUCUCAUUGGACGUAUUGGUACAAGUCUUAAAAUUGGAAUUGUUGGGCUUCCCAAUGUUGGAAAAUCCACUUUCUUUAAUGUCUUAACUAAAAGUGCAGCACCAGCUGAAAAUUUUCCGUUCUGCACAAUCGAUCCUAAUGAAAGUAAGGUAGGAGUUCCUGAUGAAAGGUUUGAUUGGCUGCUUCAACAUUACAAACCAUCCAGCCCCAAAAUCCAAGCAUACCUUAACAUUGUCGACAUUGCUGGGCUAGUAAAAGGAGCACAUGAAGGCCAAGGAUUGGGAAAUGCUUUUCUUUCUCACAUUCGGAGCGUCGAUGCAAUUUUUCAUCUUUGCCGAACUUUUGAGAGUGAAGAAAUUACUCACGUUGAAGGCGACGUCAAUCCUGUUCGAGAUAUCGAAAUCAUCAAUGAAGAACUAAGAUUGAAAGAUGAAGAAUCUCUCAAUGCCGCAAUAAAAAAAACGGAAUCGCUGAUGCGCAGUGAUAAAAAGUUGAAAGCGGAAUAUGAUAUUUUGUGCAAGAUUAAGACCCAUCUCGUUGACCAAGCAAAGCAUAUUCGGUAUGGCGACUGGAACGUUCAAGAAAUUGAUGUUUUGAACAAGCAUUUGUUCAUUACGUCUAAACCAGUCAUUUAUUUGGUUAACAUGGCAGAGGCAGAUUAUAUCCGAAAAAAGAAUAAAUGGUUGCCAAAACUUAAAGAGUGGAUUGAUUCGAACGAUCCUGGCGCUAUAAUGAUUCCUUUUUCUGGUGCAUUUGAAGCUAAAAUUGCUGAUAUGGAUGAAGACACGCGGAAAACGUUUUGCGAGGAGAAUAAAGCAAACAGUACAUUCGAUAAGAUUAUUGCGCAGGGCUAUAAAUCUCUGAAUUUAAUGUACUUUUUCACUGCGGGCCCUAAAGAGGUCAAAGCUUGGACUAUUCAAAAAGGAACUAAAGCGCCACAGGCAGGCGGUCGAAUCCAUUCGGAUUUCGAAAAAGGUUUCAUAAUGGCGGAAGUUUUUAAAUUUAGUGAUCUGAAAGAAGAAGGCAGUGAGGCAGCUGUUAAAGCUGCGGGAAAAUAUCGUCAGCAAGGUAAACUUUACGUUGUUGAAGAUGGUGAUAUUAUUCUGUUUAAAUUCAAUGCUGGAGCUGGACUUACUGCUGGAAAAGAUGCAAAAAAGAAAUAAAAACUUUCGUUAAAUUGAUACCCCAUCCCCUCAAUAUCAUGAGGAAAAGAGCGGAUUGAUGAGAUACAAUCAAAAGUAACGAAA